CUCCAGUGAAAAUGGCGUCUUUGUUGAGGAAUCGCGUGUGUCACUUAGCUGCUCAAACAAAAAUAAGUGCGGCCAGAUGUAUUACAGUGAGUUCCACCAACCAUGCACAGGCCAAAAGUAAGAAAACAUUGGCUAAACAGAAUAUACGAAAUGUGGUGCUGGUUGAAGGAGUGAGGACGCCAUUCCUCAUGUCAGGCACAGAUUAUGCCUCUCUCAUGCCACACGACUUAGCAAGGACAGCCUUGAAAGGACUGCUGAAGAGAACUGGGAUCAGUAGAGAUAUGGUAGAUUACAUUGUGUAUGGCACCGUUAUACAAGAGGUGAAAACCAGCAACGUGGCUAGAGAAGCUGCCUUAGGGGCUGGAUUCUCAGACAGAAUCCCUCCCAUACCUCAACAAGCCUGUAUCUCCUCCAACCAAGCCAUCACAACAGCUAUAGGUCUGAUAACGUCGGGUCAGUGUGAGGCCGUAGUUGCCGGGGGCGUAGAGUUUAUGUCAGAUGUUCCCAUUAGGCACAGCCGCAAGAUGAGGAAGCUGAUGUUGACGAUGAACAAAGCUAAGACAGUGCCGGCACGCCUGGGGCUCAUUGCGCAGAUGUUGACUCCCAGUGCGCUCAGCCCAGAGUUGCCGGCUGUGGCAGAGUUCUCUUGGGAGACAAUGGGGCACUCUGCAGACAGACUGUGUGCUGCAUUCAACGUGUCCAGGGUGGAACAGGAUGAGUUUGCCAUGAGGUCUCACUCAUUAGCUAAAGAGGCAGGGGAUAAAGGCUUACUCUCCGAUGUCAUGCCAUACAAAGUCCCAGGACGACCUAACCCAGUAAGCAGAGACAAUGGCGUGCGUCCUUCACCUAUGGAGAAGAUGGCUAAGCUAAAACCAGCCUUCAUCACACACGGAACCAUCACAGCUGCCAAUGCAUCAUUCCUGACUGAUGGGGCGUCAGCCUGUCUGAUCAUGUCAGAAGAGAAAGCCCUGGCCCUGGGCUACAAGCCUAAAGCUUACCUCCGAGACUUUGUCUAUGUGGCUCAGGAUCCUAAUGACCAGCUUCUGCUCGGACCCAGCUAUGCAACCCCGAAAGUCCUAGAGAAGGCUGGCCUUCAGUUGUCAGACAUAGAUGUGUUUGAAUAUCACGAGGCUUUUGCUGGACAAAUUCUUGCCAAUCUGAAGGCCAUGGAUUCUGAUUGGUUCUGUAAGAAUAUGAUGGGCAGAUCCUCUAAGGUAGGGACCAUCCCGAUGGAAAGGUUCAACAAAUGGGGAGGCUCCUUGUCUCUGGGACACCCUUUUGGAGCCACUGGAGUGAGACUGGCUACAACAGCAGCAAAUCGUCUACGAGAGGAAGAUGGACAGUAUGCCCUUGUGGCUGCCUGUGCAGCUGGGGGUUUGGGUCAUGGCAUGAUUGUUGAGAGAUACCCCAGCAAGUGAUUUGUCAGAUUCGAUGACCAGGCCAAGAUGAAAGACCGUUUCCAGUGUUUGUUGAGUGGGGCGAAAACGAACAAGCAGUAAUAGCUAAAUCCUAUCAUAAAGCUAAUCAGGAUGAGGAAAAAUCGUCCGUGUUGACAUGUAUUUAGCAGUUGAGUGUUUCCCUGGACAUGUGCACAUAGAUUCAAUUCCAUAGCCAGUCGGAAGAGACCUGACAGCAAGGACAUCUGCAUCAAUUCGUGUUAAUCCACGGUAUGAGAAAUCAUUUUCAGCAGCUUAUUUGUAAUAUAAUAUUUGUACCUCAUAAAGAAGUGAAGAUUGAACCGUGAACUUUAAGUAAAAUUGUACAUGUACAUUGUUAUGUUUUGUGUUUUUGUGUUUAAAUGUUUGAACAGAAGAUGUAAAAACUGUACAGUUUUGCCUUAUAAUUGUCAUGCUGAAAAGAAAAAAAAACAUAAGCUUGA